GUUUCCUGUCAGUCACUGUCUAUGAUCUUCAUUUAAAAAUUGGGAGUAUGCAGAGUAAAAUUAAACACCUAAUCGCCUGUAGUCAGUGCAAUAGGUAACAAAAUUCAGAUACAGGACCAUUUAUGGCGGAUAGCAAUGCCAACAAGACGCGAACGCCACGCUGGUGGUCGGGAGGCGUUUGCGCGGCGUUGGCAGUGACCGCGACCCAUCCCCUCGAUCUCAUAAAGGUGCAGCUCCAGACGCAGUCGGGUGCCGAGAGGAAAUCCGUUUCCGAAAUUAUGGCCAAUAUCUAUCGGCAAGGUGGUUUCCUGGGCUUCUACAAUGGGAUAUCGGCGUCCUGGUUCCGCCAGCUCACCUACACCACAUCCCGGUUUGCACUGUACGAAUGGGGCAAGCAGUUUGUCGACUCCAGCCAUGUCAGCUCCAAAGUGGGACUGGCCAUUUUCGCUGGAAUCUUUGGAGGUAUCGUGGGCGUUCCCGGUGAUGUGGUCACCGUGCGAAUGCAGAACGACGCCAAAAUGCCGCCGGAAUCGCGUCGCAACUACCAGCACGUCUUUGACGGCCUCUAUCGAAUCCAGAAAGAGGAGGGCAUUGCCAGUCUCUUCCGGGGAUCAGUGCCGGCUGUUACGAGGGCCAUUGUCCUGACGAUUGGCACCAAUGCGGCCUACGACCAGGUCAAGCAAAUGCUGCAAUCAGCCACUGGAUUGACGGACGGUCUGCCGUUGCAUUUUUCCACCUCCACCCUAGCCGGAUGCAUUGGAACUGUGAUGACCCAGCCGAUCGAUGUGAUUAAGACCACGUACAUGAACGCCAAGCCGGGCCAGUUCGAUGGGAUUGGAUCGGUGGUGGGGAGCAUUGCCAAACAGGGUCCAUUGGCCUUCUUUAAGGGAUUCAUUCCAGCCUUGAUGCGUGUCAGUCCGAACACGAUAAUCACGUUUAUGCUCUACGAGCAGGCUCGUAUGCGAUUCGGAAAGUUGCCCGACAAAUGAUGUCCUUUCGAAGUGGCCGCUGAAUUGUCAUGUUUAGUCGAUGAGUCCAGAGUAUUUUUGAGUUUACUGCAAAUCGCACUGCGUCUGUCCAUUGGACUAGAAGUAAUCCCGCGCGGUCUAAUCAGCUGCCACUGUACGAGGGCUGAACCGCAGGAGGAGAGCAAUAACAACUAGGCGCUGACCGCUGGUCACCUCAGCCAGCUAGUGGGGGUCACUAUAUGGAUAUUAACCGUUUAUGGUUUAUGACAUUUGCAUAUGACCACAUGCAUUCUAAGCACACGUGAGCCUUUACGGAAAACGAGACCCAAUCCGCGGCAGUUAGUUAAGCUGGCUGCUGCUCAUGUCGCGCACCCGUAAUUAGGAAGCGGGGUCAGGCAAGGUGUAAGGGUCGCAACCCCAAAAAAAAACCACAUGUAAAAUAUCUAAGGAUAACUAGAAAUGUAUGUGUGAAAACUGGAAACCUGAAAACUACCUAAUCGAAAACAGGCUCUGGACAAGAUCGUAAGAUUUAAGGGUGAGAUUUCAUGGUCUAACGAAAAUAAUAUUCUCAUUCUAAAUUUCUAAAUUCUAAAUAAGUUAUUCAAAAAAAAAAAUAUUUCUAUUUCGUACUAUCUAUUGUGGAUGGCAGUCCAAGCUGGUGACGAAACUUACGCCUUAGUUUAGCCGAACUAUUAAAAAUUUCCAGUGUGCUGUUCAAUCUAAA